AUGUUUUUGCUGUUAAAUGCCGAUCAUUGUCCGGAUGCCUGCUUUCGAUGGGAAGUGGCUGCGGAGUGGGAUUUUAAGGAUGGUUUGUACGACGGAUGGGAGCUGGGACUGAUGUUGACGGUUAACGGGCAGGAGACGUCGGCGAAGGGCUUUGUUGUGGCCAGUUACAGCAGUGUACCGACGCCGUCGUACAAUAUUGAGACCGCAACCCGGCAAGUCUCGGCCGUCCGCUCGCCCAGCGCGACCUUUGCGGCUGAGCGCAGCCAGGGCAGUAUUUCCUUCUGGUGCUACAGCCACGGCCAGUUCCCGGCCACCAACAACCUGGGCGUGGUCGUCAUAUGGACGCCGUCCUGCACAACGUGGAAGCGGCGUUCCAUCGAGACCACGCUCUUCAUCGAGGUCAUACCCGGCCGCUGGAAUUACGUCCACCAGACCGCAAUCAUCCCCAAGGGUGACCACUACGCCGUGGUCUUCACCACGCAGAUGCACGAAUGUGGCCUGUGUCGCUGGAAUCUGGAAUUCGAAGGAACAUUCGCUGCGCGCGAUUUCGUGAUUCGUCUGGAUGCGUUCCAUCUGGCGGAGAUUGGACCGGUGCUUACACUCCGUGCACGGACGGUUCUGCGCUUCUACGUGUACGCCACGGCGGCGGCCGGCGAUGGAAUCUACGUUAACCUGAAUUUCGCCGACGGUGAGCAGGUGACGAUUUCGCGACAGAUCCUGGGCUCUGCUACCUUCAACAGAUGGGCACAACACAGCGUGCUAAACGAGACACGCAACCGGGAAUUCAGCCUGGCUUUGUACUGCGGCGCCAACAACUGCAUAAUCUGCGGUCUGGACGAGAUCCAGCUGGAGAACGAGGCCGACCUGGAGAUACUGCCCUUCCCCGGCAGCGGCAGCACCCCCGGGGGCACCCUGCCCACCAGCCAGCCCCUCCCCUCCGAGCCCCUCCCGGCAGUGACCUGUGACUUCGAGGACGGCUACUGCAAGGGCUGGCUGAACAUCGGCGACAUCCUGUGGGAGCACACCAACGACUCCGCCCCCUUGAUCAGCGCCGGCGCCUACCAGGGCUCCGGCUUCGUCUACAGCACCCUCAGUUUCGGGGGGCGGGAGUACGCCGCCAAACUGCGCACGGAGGAGAUCAACGCGCUGACGGACGAACUGACCUACGGGAAGGUGACCUUUUGGGUCAAUCACGCCAACGCGGUCAGCCACUACCGCUUCUCGGUGCAUGCCAUCUCCUCGGUGCUGGAGCACGAUGAGAUCGCCUUCGCGGAUCCGGCCACGGAUACCAACCGCUGGAUUCAGCAGGAGGCGUAUUUCUGCUUGAACGGACCCGGGCAUUUGGUGUUCCGCGCGGAGCACUCCGACGUGCUGACCAGUAUCGGCUUGGAUGAUAUCGUGGGAGAGCUUUACCGAGAACCAGUGGGCAAUCCGGUGUGUCCCAUGCCGACGGCCGAACCGGUGACCACCAAGGCCAGCACGCGAUUCCCGCUGGUGACCUCGAGCCGCACGGUGACUGCUACAGCUGGUCGCCGUUGCCGGGCGCCUCCUGCACUUUCGACACAGGCAUUUGCGACGGCUGGGGAUCCUUGGGCUUCUACCUACCCUUCGUCUUCGGAAACGGCCCCGUGGAGACCGGCGCCGGAAUUCCCGACGACCAACCAUCUUCGGGUUGCGCGAUGACCAACUGCACCGUGCGUCCCGCGGUGCCCGACCAGCCCCAGGAACUGAUCAGCGAGCUGGACGGCCCGAAUGUGCAGGUGGAGGACGGGAAGUUUUUCCACGGACGCGUGACCUUUUGGUACUACUUCAACAACAUCCGCGGCGACAACAAGUACCUGCAGGUGUAUCUGACCACCAUCCUCAGCACCGUAGUCAUCUGGAACGUCGAUCAGGGCCAGUCCGGGCGCUGGCGGUACGCCGAAGCGCAUUUCGAGGCCGACAUCGGCUUCCACGUGACCUUUGUCGCCGAGCACAGCCAGUGCGGCACGCCUGUUGCCAUUGACUCCGUUUCCACUGAAAAAGAUCAGUUGUUGCCUUUUUUUGUGUUUUAAUAAUUAGCCGGUUUCUUAUGAAGCACUUAACUUGGAAAAAAUCAGUUGAAAUAAUAGCGAAGCUGCGCCCAGAUACGCAACAUUUUCGUUCUAUUAUUUAUUUUACUUGCCGAUUUUUAAUUUCUUUUAUUCGAAACAGCCCCAAAUGUGCUGGGUGCCGCGAAAGUUGAGGUACCAAAAUUAGCAAUUACGAAGCCAUAGUACUGUUGUCUGGACUCAUGGUGCAGUGGCUUUAGCAUAAU